AUGUCUUUCCUCUUUGGUGGCCAGCCCAAGUUGUCCUCGGAGCAGAAGAUUGCUGCCGCUGAGACCGAAGUCGAGAUGAUCGCAGACAUGUUCACCCGCUUGACCGAGUCCUGCAAUAAGAAGUGCAUUCCGGCUGAUUACCGCGAAGGUGACCUCAACAAGGGCGAGUCCGUCUGCCUGGACCGCUGUGUGUCCAAGUUCUUCGAUGUCAAUAUCAAGGUCAGCGAGAAGAUGCAAGGCGAUGCUGCCGGAAAGCAGGGUGGCGGUAUGGGCUUUGGCAUGUAA